AUGAACUGGACGCCUUUAGUUAUAUACUAGUCGCCAACAACUUACUGGACGUGGACGAUGUCAAAGAUGAAUUGGAAAAUGGAGACGCUUUAACGAGCUAUGUACCACCCAAUGCGAUCAGGAAGCUCAAUGCAGAGCUCGGUGUUGCAUCAGUUUUGCCAUCCGCAACCCCAGCAGCGGAACGCGCGCCACCAACACAGUUAGAAAAACCACAAGUAUCAAUGAGCAACACGAAUGAAUUGGAUCACGAAACUGCAUCAAGCACUGACAAUAUCAGACUACCAAUAGAAAUAAAAAACGAAUGUAGAAGUAUGAAAAACGUUAACGGCAUGUCUGUGUACAAGUUGCCGUUGAAACGAUCAUUAACUUUCGCCGGAGCGUCUUCGAUCAUCAGGCGGUUCUCCUUCGGUGAGCCAGAUCCUUUCGGAAGCAAGGGAUGCAAAACCAUUCUUUUGAUGGGGGCCACCGGUUCAGGCAAGACCACCAUGAUCAAUGCCAUGGUCAAUUAUGUGCUGGACGUUCAAUGGGAGGAUCCUUUUCGUUUUAUGCUUAUCGAUGAAGACAAAACAGCGAACCAGGCUUUUAGCCAGACCAGUGAAGUUACGGCCUAUGACAUCCAUUACAGAAAUGGUUUCCGCAUUCCUUAUUCUCUGACGAUUGUUGACACUCCUGGAUUCCAUGAUACCCAAGGUAUCGAGCGUGACAAGAAAAUCACUUAAGUCAUCAAAGAAUUCUUUGAACACGAAAAUGGCAUUCAAUCAUUGGACACAGUUGGCUUUGUAGUACAGGCUUCGCUGGCUCGCCUUACGAGCUCUCAGACGUACAUCUUCAAUUCGGUACUGUCCAUUUUUGGUAAAGAUAUCGGAGAAAACGUUCGCUUCUUGGUCACUUUUGCGGAUGGAAGGCAACCUCCUGUCUUAGCAGCUAUUAAGAUAGCUAAUCUUCCUUGCCGAUUGGACUCCAAUAAGGAGCCCUGUUACCAAAGUUUUAACAACGGGGUAGUCUAUGCCUCGAAUCAAAAUCCAGAUGAUGAUAUGUCUCCAAUCGAAUGGCGGAACGCAAUGAAAAAUUUUCAAUUGUUUUUUAACGAGCUAUUUGAAAUGCCUAUCAAAUCGCUCCGACUAACAAAAGAAGUAUUGAGCAUCCGAGAAAUCCUCCGUUACACUAUUCAGGUCUUAGAAACCACCAUCCAAGUGCACCUCAUGAAAUUGGAAGAAUUACGGGAGAUCGAGGAAAAAAUCGCCUUGAACAAAGACUUCGUUAACGUUAAUAAGGACUUUGAAAUCACUGUGAAAGUACACAAGAAGAAACAGAUUGAGCUCAAAACGAAUGAGAAAGCAUUUAAUUGCACUAUUUGCAAAGUAACGUGCCAUUGUCCUUGCUACCCAAAUUCAUGGAUGCCCUGUCCUGCAUUCUGGAAACCAGAAAAAGGCUCUGCAGGUGCCGGAAUUGCUAUUCCUGCGUUUUUCUUGCGGACUUCUAUGAAAGUUGGCAGAGAUCUCUUUGAGUUUGUUACAAAGGAUGAGAAAUUUAGGCGUCUUGAUAUCCAAGGCAUCAUUGCAGCGGGUCCAGUGGUUUCAGCGGUUUCAGCGAGUGCACCGGAUGCAGCGGUUGCAGCGGGUGCAGUGGUUGCAGCGGGUGCAGCGGGUGCAGCGGGUGCAGUGGUUGCAGCGGGUGCAGUGGGUGUAGCGGGUGCAGCGGUUGCAGCGGAUGCAGCGCGUGCAGCGGGUGCAGCGGGUGCAGUGGUUGCAGCGGGUGCAGCGGGUGCAGCGGGUGCAGCGGGUGCAGCGGGUGCAGCGGUUGCAGCGGGUGCAGUGGGUUUAGCGGGUACAGCGGUUGCAGCGGUUGCAGCGGUUGCAGCGGGUGCAGCGUGCUGUGCUGCUGUAGUGGUCGCCUUAAUGUAUGGUAAUGAGUGCCAGAUGUGCCCUGGACGCUGCGCCAAGGAACACCACUCAUACGAACUCACUAAAUGGGAAUUCGUUCAAGAAGACGAAACUCACACACUUCAUGACAUUCGCAAGAAGUACGAUGACGUAAUGAAAAAGACUCUAAAUGCGGAAGAACUAAAGAAUGCCUUGCAAGUAGAGGCGGCGCAGCUGAAAUCAGAUAUCAUUGAAGCGAUGGAUGAUAGUAGAAGCUACUCAAAUUAUUUAAAUCAGAUAGAACUGUGUGGUGCUAUCUCAUCUCCGCUAUCCGCUCCAGAAUAUAUUAACCUGAUGAUCGAACAGGAGAAAAAAAAUAAAAAAUCUGGAUACGAGGAGAGAAUUAAAAGUUUGGAAGAUAUAAAGAGAACGGCUGAGCUCCCGAAAGACGUAACGGAUGGCGGUGAUUUAGCCAAGCAGUACAAAAACUAACUAGAACAUACAAGCUUACGAGGAAAUAUUGGAGCAAGGAAGAUAUCUUUUCCAGUUAACCAUUAAAGUUUUUUUUAUUUUUAUAGUUCAAGUAAUCAUUUUAUGAAUUAUCACGGCAAUUUGGCUUUCAAAUGCGCUUGCUAAAUAUUCGGAAGUGUAAUUUUUAUCUUACUUUGUAACGGUUAUCGAUUUUUAAAUGGGUA